AUGAAUCCUAGAGGUCACCCGAAAGAAGGGAGCGUCAAGGAACGCCUGGAGAAAUUUCAACAACAGAUCGAUGGCAAUCAGAAUGUAAGAGCAAAUUCGCGAAAUUCAAUGGUCCUUGAGUUUACGAAAAAUCGAUUUGGUUCAAGGAGAAGACCGAGAAAUGAUGAAGAUGAUGAAAUGUCAAGAGAAGAUGAAGAGCGGGCAAGAAUCGUCAUUGAAGGCCGAGGCCGUCGAAAUUCCUCAGUCCCCGGAUCAGAAGCAUCGAGUUCCUCCAACUUCCGAUCAGUUUUGCCAGCAGCAAUCGACGAAGAAUCGGCUCAGCCCGUGACGAGCUCGAGCUCCUCCUUGUCUUCGUCCAAGUCCAGCCAAAUCAAUCGCUCCAGGCAAGUGAGUGAGCAAAAAUCCGAGUCCAACGACAGUAGCGAGACUGAAGAUACAGAAGAAACGGUCAAGGAGCCGGACCAAAUGAAAGAUGAUGAUUUGGACUCGCUAAUUUCAUCGCUGGGUUCAUUUUCAGGGAUAAGACGAAGACCGGUCAGAACGAAAUUGGUGAAACCAGAACCAGAAAUUCUAGGGCCGGGUUCACAUAACAUAAUAUAA